CAGUGCCACAUGACUGUAGCAGUGGAAGUUGGAAAACACAAACAGAGCGGGGCAGGCACAGGCGGUGACAGGAGAGCGGAGAGAAUCACGGCGAAAUAAAUUAAUAAAUGGUAGCUGCAGAGCCUGGAGCUGAUUGGCUGCCCGAGGAGCCUCGGUUCAUGGAUGGAGCUACCGCAGACUCCUCCUCCAUUGUCUGUGCCAUAGAGGGAGAGAAGAGCCCAGGAACAGUGCUGCCCAUUGAUCAGGAAUGGGGGGAACUCUUGCCUGCUGCCCCCAUGCAACAACAGCCCUGUGGGCAGCUCAUAGCCGGAGCUGAGUGAUCAGCCUGCAUUGCAUUGCUGUCAUUUCAUCUGAUCUCCCCCAUCACAGGAAUACAGGGGGUCUCCUGCACCUUGGCAUUCUAUUAGUUCUUUGGCAUCAGGACUGUCCCAGGACAUGGCACGACCAACCACCCAGCUGGCUGGCAGCGAGAAGCUCCAAGGCCAGCAGCUGCAUCCUGCUCCUCCUAUUGGUGCUCCAGGAGGGGGGAUGGUGAGCCUGAAGAGCCUGCUACAAGGGCCCAUCAAGGGGCAAGAACGCAGGACCAAGGAGCUGGCCAACUGUAUCAUGAAGGAUAAGGAGAGAAAACUGGAAGAUGAAAUGGCCGGUUCCCGUCCUCACUGUGCAUUCCUAGGAUCACUUCUGUGGGAGCGCACGUUGCCAUACAAUGAGAUAGAAUAUGUUGACCUUGAUGAGUUCCUGUUGGAAAAUGGCCUCCCACCAAGCCCACCUCACCAGCCUUUUUCACCAGCCAACUUGACACCACCUCCAUCAAACCAGUCAGUCGUUGACCUCAGCCGACCAGCAUCCUGCGCCUCCUCUACCUCUGCUUGCUCUUCUCCUGAGCAAAGCAUGAUUGGCAGUGAAUUUGAACAUCCAAGCAGCAAAGAAGGCCAGAUGACCCCUUCAUCCAGAGAAAGCCCAAGUCCUGUGGACCCAGAGGGCGUGGAAGUAAUGAUGAACUUUGACCCGGAUCCUGCUGACCUUGCCUUGUCCAGUGUACCAGGGCAUGAAACAUUUGACCCUAGGAAACAUCGAUUUUCUGAAGAGGAACUAAAACCUCAACCUAUUAUGAAAAAAGCUAGAAAAAUUCAGGUUCCAGAAGAGCAGAAGGAUGAAAAAUACUGGAAUCGGCGGUACAAAAACAAUGAAGCUGCCAAACGUUCUCGAGAUGCUCGUCGGCUGAAGGAAAACCAGAUCACGGUGCGGGCAGCCUUUCUGGAGAAAGAGAAUUCAGUGUUGCGUCAGGAGGUUGCCAAAAUCCGUCAAGAACUCUCUCGCUACCGAAACAUCUUGACAAAAUAUGAGUCACAGCACGGAGCCUUGUAAAGAACAGAGAAAUUGUGUAGCUUUCCCACGUGGUUGCACGAGCUAACACAACUUCACAAGAAUCUUCCCCACCAACCUUUUUUGUGGUUUUUCCCCAAAAAACGGCCCUUAUUCACUGAUAAGUCUCACAAAAGGUAGAGAUCAUGAGGGACCUCUGGAAAGCAGGUCAUUGUACAUCUCCUUUCUUGCUUGCUUUCUUCCUCCAUAACUCGGCAUUCCACAAGGGAUUCCUUUUCCAAUUGACAAGGGUGCUACUUUGACUAUGAGGCAUCAUCAGUGACUGGGACAAACGGAAGAGAGGAAAAGGAAGCCAAAGCUAUUUGUAUCAUAUGAACACGGGCACUAUCCAAUACACCAGCUAACACAUAGAAGCGAAUUACCUGGUAUAUGAUAUUCCUCUUUGCACACUCUUCAGUAGCAUUGCAUUUCUUUUCAUUACUUUUCUGUCCAUCAGAAAGUGGGUUGAUGGAUACAAUAUGGUGUAUAAAGGUGUAAAAAAAAAGUGUAUAUAUAUAUUCUAAAGGCAUAAGCUGAUAUGUAAAAAUGACUGCAAUUAAACAAGCAGGUAAGGGGUUGAACAAACAUUUUGAAUGCAUUGUGUUAGGACUGCAGGGUUUUGUUACUAUAGUAUUUAAUUUAAGAUAAGGAUGGGCAGCGUCUUGGUAGCCUGGACAGAGUUUGACGGAAUCUAAAAAGCAGCCAUGGCAUGUAAAACGUAUUAAGUCCGUAUUUGUAAAAUAUCCAAGACCAUAUUUUAUGUUUUAUGGAUUGACUAUUCUACGGAAUAUAUUCUGGAUAUUGUGAGUUUUUCCUCUGUCAGCCAAAAAGGCCAGGAUGAGUCUGAGCAAUGCAUGUGAGCUCAUGUGCCAGCCUGAGCAACCUCUCUGGGUCACACAAGAAUUGCCAAUAAUCUAGGCCUGACUGUUAUUUUACACUGCAUAUCCUGUUCUACAUCUCUAGGCACACUCCCCUGUUCUAAGUAGUGUUCGAAAGUUUUGAUAUUCUUCUAAUACCUUUCCUUCAGGAGGGUGGUGACUGUCUGAGACACUGCUACUAGCCGGGCUGGGCGAAGCCCAGGUGCUUGUUGGCCAAUGUGCCUGAAAAAAAUUCUGCCAGUGCCUAAAAUUGUCAAUCAAAUAAUCAUGUUUCCUGGCAGCUAGAUUUGUUUGACUGGCUCCUGGACUCUACUUUAAUUUGUCCACCCCUUAUUUUGGUCACCAGCAGUCAGAGGUUGUCCUACAAUUUUUGCAAGGAACACACUGUAAACAUGUAGUUAUUUGAGCAUUUGCUUAGAAUAUUGGAGCUCAGAGCAGUUUAGGGACCUAGAAGAGAGUCGGGAACCUAAUGUGUGCUGUUGCCAAGAUGGUACCACCUAGGAAAAAGUAAUCCUACUAGUAAAACUGCCCUGAGCUUUAUUCUCUGCCUGAACUUAAGAACGUCAUCAUGAGAUGUAGAAUUCGACAGCAUCUAGACUACUAAUAGCUGCUCAUCCUUUCUUAAUGCCAUUGUUAUCAAGAAAACGUUGCCUUCCUCCUGGGAAGGGCCAACAUCAUUCUUAAUGUAUUCUUCUACACUUUUUUUGUAUUCAGUGGCUUUGGUUUUACAUCCAGAUCUUUGUAAUCUAUGACCAAGUCACUAUAGCUUUAAUGAAAAGCUUAGUACCACUAGUUCAUACCACAUGAAUUUCUACAUUCUAGGAAUUCACAAUUUAACAUUACUAUAAAUGUUUGUGUGGGUUUUAGGGCUUUGCACACGAGCCUCCUUCUUGAAAUCCACUCCACUAGAAGAUUACCCAAAAGUUUCCUGCAAUAUGUUUUUUUUUUUUUUUUUUUUUUCUACAAAUUGUGUAUACCCUUUCAAAACGGCUGAUAUCCUUGUCCCAAAAAGUCCGGUGAGCAGCUUUGUUGACACAAAUCAUGUGUGCUGUUACCAUUGGGCCAAGUUUUGAAGAAAAUAUGGCCCAAAAAAAAAACAGGAUGGUCCCUCUUAAAAA